CACGCGUCGCAGCGAGUUGCUGCAAGGAUAUGCAAGGUGGUGCUGCUGUUCGAGGCUGAGGCAUGCACGUCAAAGGCAGCAACGACUGUACAGGCCACGCAGGCAGACAUCACAGGCGAACAUCACGCUUUCUGCUUCACCUGACGAGCUUCAAUAAGCUCAAUCCCAGCGCACCGUAUUCGCCGUCAAGCUUUGAGCUUCCCCGCGUUUCAACAGGCGAGGUUCGGCAGGUGUACUGUUAUUGCUUUGCACCUCGUCAUGACCUGGUGGGAUCACCAAGCCAAGCUACCAGCAGCUCUCCAUCGUCCGCCCAGCGUCCUACUCUAGCUCUGCGAAGACUGUCACUGAUCAGCCACAGAGCACAACAAGCAUCGCGGCAUCGCUUCUGAGCAAGCUUCCAGAUCCCAAGCAGAGCUACCCUGUUGCAAGGGUGAGCGCGACGCUUCACUCAGAACAGCCUAGCCACCACAGACUGUCAGGCUCACCACACUGAAAGCGCCAAAGGCAUCUCGUAA